AUGCCAAGAUGUGGUGCAGGACGGCCAUGCAAGAGGGUGUUGGAAUCUCUGGCGACAGAGUCGUCAGAGAGGUCUACUGGGAUUGAGUCUGUCAGUCAGGGACAGACUCCUCAUGGUACUGUGGGCGCGUCGGGCUCUCGGAUCCCGACGGUUCUUUCUCCAGAGUUACCCACACCUACAGUAUCCACUGUAGCACUAGUAGUACCAUCUGCGAUAUACUCGGCCCCUCCACUAGCAGUACCUGCUACUACGUACCCGGCUCCAUCGCCACCGCCACCUGUGCCUGCUACGGCGUACCCGGCACCACCGCCACCUGUGCUUGCUGCGGCGUAUCUGGCACUUGCAGCACCAGUUACACCUGUGCCUACUGCAUACUCGACACGCGCACUAGCAGUACCAGUUGCUCCUUAUCUGGUACCAUCACCUACCGUACCUCCAGCCGCUCCUGCAUAUAUUGACCCUGCAGUGCCACCAGCGAUACCUGCCCCGGCUUAUGCAGCAGCAUCAGGGGGACUGGAUGGGCAUAUUCAAGUAAAGAUUGCAGGUUUUGGUAACUCAUCUUAUACAGAGGCAUUAGAUAGAGCUCUUAUGAUUGAGGCGGCUCAGCAGAAAGUGAAUGCAGACAAGAAAAGGAAGCAGACAGAUCGGACUUCAGGACAGACCCAGCAGCCACAGGCUACCGGACAACAACAGAAUGGUCACAGUCAGUCAGGUUAG